GGUGUGGCCGGAUCAUGAGCAGAGCGGCCGGGCGGGGUUUGGCAGAGAGCGCCGAUCUGGAGAACCUUAAACCGGACCCCGGGAGGAUGCGCUGCACUGACUGGAGAGCUGAGCAGGAGGGCACUGAACGGAUGGAGAUGAUGUGGGGUGUUUUGGUGAUUUUGCUGUGUGGAUCACUCGCAUCUGGAGUGUCUGUGAACGAAAUAAGUUUGAUCUGUGAUGAUUAUUCUGGCGAAAUCCCAGAGAGUGACACCUACGCCCCGUCUCUGCUGGUCGACCUGAAGGCCACAGCAACACUGGACCAAGGGCACUAUCUGUUUAAUAUCAGCUGGGCCAUUGCAGUAGACAGUACUCUCAAAUACGUCAAAGGCAUCAUCAUCCUCGUCACAGGAAACGUUAUGUUGAAAUGUGAAUAUGAUCCACCUUUGAAAGAACUCAAGCUCCCAAAUGAUCAGGAAGAACCAAUUUGGUUCCACCACUCUGUUUACGCAUUCUACGCUCCUCAGCCCUUCAUCGUCCAAGCCAAAAACAUUCCUCAGCAACCGGUGGACCACGACAUACCGUACAGAUAUGUGACGGUGUAUCCGCCGAGAAGACCAGAUCCCACACAUGGUCCUGAAGUACCUGUCCUGUCUACACUUACCACCCCAGUCCCGUCUGUUCUCAUCCCUACGGAGUCUUCGUCUGCUCCCAUUGGCGGUUGGUUGUUCAUCUGUGGAGGCUUGGCACUCUGUGUAGUGCUCCUACUCUUUGGAUGUGUCACAUACAAAGCGUGUGGUGCCCGCCUCGCCGUGGAAUAUAAGAAGAUGGGCCCGGGGGCGAUGGUUCCGCUCGUGCCCGUGCUGGUGGUGUACCCGGCGGGCAGCACGCAGUUCCAGCGGGCGGUGGGCGCUCUGGUGGAGUUCCUGCAGCAGUACGGAGGCUGCAUCGUGGCCGUGGACAUGUGGCAGCAGGGGAGCGUGGCCAGUCUGGGCCCCAUGCGCUGGCUCCUGGAGCAGGUCCAGGCGGCGCGCACCGUGCUCAUCGUGGCUCCACAGCCUCGGUCCAUCCCCGGAGCCAGCAUCCCCGCAGCAGCCCAGGACCUGUACCCCCUGGCCCUGAACCUAGUGGCGGGUCAGGCGAAGGACAGUUCGAAGCUGGCCAAGUUCUGGGUUGUGCGUUUCGGGGAGAGCGCCGCUGUGGCCCCGGAGCUGAAGGCCUGUCAAGCGUUUUGUCUGACGAAGGAUCUGAACAAGCUGUGCAGACGUCUCCACCAAAACGAAGGGAACGGCGGCGUAACGGUGGCCAACGUCCUGCUGCGCGGAAACUUCUGCAGCGGACGGAGCGCGGAGAAGCUCGCUGCCGCUGUACAGGAUUUAAACGAACGGCACGCGGAGUGGGCUGAUCUCACUUCGGGACCUCACAUUCGUUCGUGGGGACGUGGGCACUUGAGCGGGUGAUCAUUUUGUGCACUUUUGGAUUUUUUUUUCCACUUUUAAACUGAUGAACAUUCCUCCAUAAAGAUACACACAUACACCCAGCAUCAUGUCACUGUAAAGCAUCAAUAAACUGUAUAAAAUAUGUUCUACAAUUUCAUGAAGUUCAGAUAUGAGGGCAAGGGCUCAUGUAAUUCAGCGUUAACAUGCACACGAGUCUUAACCCGGUUAUCACAUGAUUCUGGAUAUGAUGAAAACCUCAACUUUAUUAAUUAAUAAAACAUACUUAUAUUGAUAUAUGUGUAAAAUAAAACACAUGUAGCUUCUUAGUGGUCCCAAAAUGGAAGGAAAAAACACUGUUGCAUGUCCAAAACUGUGGAAUGUACCUUCUAUUUUUUAAAUCGGCUUUUAAAAUUCAGCUCUUCUACAGACGUUUACAGUGUUCAAUGUGUUUUUAUGUGUUUAUAUUUUUUGCUUUCUGUUUGUUUUUUAUCGUCUUUUGUAAUUAUUGCUGUGUACUGCACUUUAAUCCGAUGCUUUGUUUUUAAAGUGUAUUAGAAAUAAAGUUGGAUUAUAGGCAUUUCUCAAAA